AUGUCGAGAUCGCCGUCCCCUCAGCCUGGGGGGUGGUCGAGUCCGGGCUUGAAUACAUCCUACGAUACCGGCGGCCGAAGCAGCCCUUUUGCUAAUGGAUCGACAUCGCACAAUGUUACCUGGGCAUCAGCUCAGGCGCGGAGCGCUGAGGUCAAAGGAUACAACGGCAUCACUCCUAGAGGCCAAGGCUUCUUUGGCAAGCACUUUCGACGGUUAUCGACCAGCUUGCCCUUCAGCUACGGCGAGAAGGAGAAACUAGGCCGUGGCCGGUACCAGGGCAACAAAUUCAUGCAGCUUUUAAAUCGUGUUGGAUACACUCUUUGGCGGUUGAGAAGAUCGCUAGGAGUGCUACUGUUUGUUGUACUCAGUUUUAUCAUUUUCUAUGUAACACCCACAGCUCUACACCGGAUGUACAGGCGGUCUUCCAUGUUCGGUGGCGGCAGUAAAUACGUCAUUAUCCUCGCAGCAAACCAGGGUGGAGGUGUGAUGGAGUGGAAGGGUCCACGCGAGUGGGCCAUCGAGAGAGACAGCGUCAAGAACAAGAAGAAGUAUACGAAGAAGUGGGGUUACGACCUGGAGAUUGUGGAUAUGAGCACGAAGAAGCGUUAUGCACACGAAUGGAGGGAAAGUUGGGAGAAGGUGGACACGAUUCGAAAUGCGAUGCGCAAAUAUCCGCACGCUGAAUGGUUCUGGUGGUUGGACACGAAUACUUUCAUCAUGGAGCCGACGUACUCGUUACAACAGCACAUAUUCAAGCGCCUGCAGCAUAUAACCUACCGCGACAUCAACGUGUACAAUCCUUUGAACAUUACACACCCUCUGACGGAUGAGUACCUCGACCCCGAAACGCGGUCGGCGGUUGGCGACGGAAAGGUCGACUCGAUCAACAUGCUUAUUCCACAAGACUGUGGCGGCUUCAACAUGGGAUCGUUCAUGGUACGAAGGAGUGUUUGGACCGACAGGUUGCUAGACAUAUGGUGGGACCCUGUCGGCUAUGAGCAAAAACACAUGGAGUGGGAACACAAAGAGCAGGACGCGUUUGAGUACAUGUACCAAAACCAGCCCUGGAUCCGCCCACAUGUUGCUUUCAUCCAGCAACGCCAGAUUAUGAGCUUCCCGCCUGGCGCUUGCGGAGAUCAGGGCGAUGACCCCAAUAUUCACUACCAAGAGCAGGAUCGAGACUUUUUGGUCAACAUGGCGGGAUGCGAAUGGGGUCGCGAUUGCUGGGCCGAAAUGUACAACUACCGCCAACUCAGCAACCGGUUGAACAGGAACCCUUGGGAGAAGUUCAAAGACGGCAUAAGCGACUUUUUCAAGAAGAGCAAGAAGGACGAGAAGAAGAAGAGCUGA